AUGCAGAAAGCUCUAAUUGAUCUUUCAAUCAAUAAUAAUAAGGAGGAAAAUGUAUCAGAUGCAACGGAUAAUCGUGAGGAGUCGUUUGGUGAGCUUGAUGUCCGCCUGAUUCACCCACUGGUUUCAGAAUGGAGAUGUGGCUGGUCCAUGCUAUUACAACACAAUCAAUGCAUGAUGAACACGAUCAAAAUCUCUCAAGAGCCAAUGGACAAUUUCAAAAUGGAGGAAUUUGUGAAAUUCAGAAAAACAAAAUCUACCUCUCUCUCCGAAAAUGUGUUCAAAUUACUUCACUUGUUUCAUGUGGAACGAUGUGUGGAAUUACAAAAUAAUUAUUUAUUAUUGUCUUCAGGUGAUCAUACCAACACCAUCAUUGAUGUAUCCACUGGCUAUCUAAAUUGGAAUUGUGCAAUUUUCAAAUUGACCCACUUGGUUCAAGAUCUCACUGACGGAAGCAAUGAGUUUUUUAGUGUGGCCACUGAAUACAUUCAACCCAUUGCAAUGAUUAUUCAUGAGAAUUGCUUUGAGUUGACACAAGAAAUGCUUCACAGUGAAAGUGACAAGAAUCGAGAAAUUCGAGCGGGCAUUCAACAAUUUAGAGACAAAAUUCUCGAAUAUUCACAGCAAGAACAACAACAGCACAAAUAUUCACAACAUGCUCAGCAACAACAGCCCACUAUUGGAUUACAAAGAUGGAACAAGUCAACAUUCUUUGAACGAUUCAAGGAUGAUUAUGCCAAUUUCAUGUGUGUAGGAUAUCCUAAAGAGAUUGUUUACAAAAUUCUUGAAAUGGCUCUUGAGGAGCACUUUUCUGGAAAUUCAUUAGUUGCCUUUUCAUUGCUGGUUCCUCUUCUUGAGAGAGGUCUCCAAGACUCCAUAUAUAUUGACUUGAUAUACAAGAACGACAAACAAAGAAUUCAACAAUUUGAGGACUAUCAAAAAUUACCAAAAUUUAGUGAAUUAUUAGUCAUGCAAGAAUUGAAGGACAUUUAUGGAGAGGACAUUGUGCUCUUACUGAGAUGUUUAGUUGGCCCUUUGAACUCUAUCAAUUUGAGAAAUGUUGCUCUCCAUGGAUUCAUCUCAACUCGAGAAUUUCAAGAUUGUUACUUGAGUUUAAUUUUACUAAUUAUUCCAUCCAUAGCAGAAAAAUCUUUGAAACAUGUUCAGAACACGAUUGGAUUGAGUCAAGCAUCUCUGAAACGACCAAUCAUUGAUUUGGCGAAUUGUAAACCUUUACAAAAUAUAUUCCAAGUGAAUCAGUCACUGGAAGAUAAUUUCAUUACCACUACGUACAACAUAGACCGUGAAGAGCUCUUUCAACUAUUAGAAAAUUCAUUAUUUGUAUUGGAUGAAUGGAUACCACUUUGGAAAAAGGCAUUUAUCGAAUAUUUUGAUCAUCAAAAUUAUUACAAAACAAUUUCCAUUAUAUUUCCACUGUUUGAGCACUCGAUACGAAGAAUUUUCGUGUGUGUGAACAAGUGUGAAAAUCGAUUACUGACUGCAGAGAAGAAUAGCUUAUAUACUACUCUCGAUAUUCUUUUUACGACGAAACCUAUACUUUCCUAUGGAAUUGAGAAGAAUGCAAUUUUUGACAUUAUUGACAACAAGUUAUUGAAUCCAAUUUUCGAUUUACUGAUAUGGGUCGAAAGUCCUAGAAUUAGAGACUUGAUAUCUCAUGGAAAUGUUAAUAUUGAUACGAUACCUCAUGCAUUAAUGGAUGAAAUUAUCAAACUCAUGCUUGCUCUUAUUACCAAAUUCGAUGUGAGACAAGUACUCUACAAUGACACUCAUUAUUUCUCAAAUCUUCCUGAAUUUAUUCAACGUGCUGUGAAUUAUUUUGAUAACGUGUAUGACUCUCCUUUUCAUUGUAAGAGUAUUUUGGAUCGACAAUUGAGACAAACCUUUGAAAGUUUAGAACAAAUGGAAGGAAUGGAACCAUUGAUUGAGGAAUUUAUACAAUCACCCUCAUUUGUUCAAGUUCGAAAAGAGGUAAUUUCCCAAGAUCCACAACAUGAAAUCUUGUUGAACUUGUUAGAAGUUAUGAAUAUGGAACUUGAUUCUCUCAUUCAUUUUACAGAAGUGUAUUACAAUAUUUCUCGUCCUUCGAAUGGUAAGAAUGGUAACAUUGGCACUAGAGAGGCAAUGACCAAACAUCUCAUUCCAGCAACACAUCCAGUCACACUCUCUGAUAAGGAAGUGAAAAAAACCAAUCAAUUAAGAAGUAUUGUCCUUUCGCUCGAAGGACUGAUUCAAAAAAGUAUAGAAUUGAUGAAUGAACAAAUUCCACUCGUGUCCUCAAGUAACCACCACAACUACAACAACCACAGCUCCUCAAAAAAGAAACCUCUCAAAUCCAAAGAAAAAACAUCCAUUAGUUUAAUACCUGCUGCUUUUCAAACGUUCAAACGAUAUGCCAUUUUGUGUCUCUCAUUGACCUAUGCUCAGUAUUAUCAUACCAUGGACACACAAGACACACAAGUAUCAAGAGUAUUGGAACGUGUGGUUGGAGGAACAGGAACUUCAAUCAAAUCUGGAAAGGUGGUUCGUGGUUUGGAGUUGAUUUCAUGUAUGAUUUCAUUGUCUUCAGAGAAUGUUGAACAAUUUAUACUCCAUUCUAAUUAUCGUUUCACUGGAAUUUCAAAAGGAGAAGUCGAGCGAUAUCAAGUCAAUAUUCGAGAAUUGGUGAAAAUGGUGCAGUAA